AUUUAAAGAAAUACUUCGCAGACACGAAGUAGAAACUGUAACAAAAUAUGUUUACUACUAUGGAAAGUCAUUCGAUAAAGAGAUUGAACUAACUCCAGAUUUACGAUUAAACUGGUUAGAUGAUAUUCCCUAUUUCCACUUUGGGCGAAAAACCUAUGUUUGCCAUCAAGGAAAAGAUCUGAAUAAACGUCAAAAGGAAAAUUAUGCUAAAGAAAAAAAUGAAAAGUGUCAAACUGAUCAUGCUUUUGGUAAAGCAUAUUCCAAGAACCAGACAACUAAAAAAGUUAAUUGUCCAGCUGUAAUUAAUGUUACCCGAAUGUACAGGAUGCCUCAGUUCAAGGUAGUGCCAACCCGAAAAAGAAAGAUUAUGAUAUCUCGGAAAAUUAAGGAAAAACUAGCCAAUAAAGAUAGUAUUGCUGGUGAAGAAGUUUUCAUGUUUAAUUUACCUAAUAGCCAAGAUCAUCAAAAUCAUCUAAUGGGUAACAUGGCUGCAGUAAUAGAACCUAUAGAUGCUAGAGUGCGGCAUUUCAUAGCUUCUAAAGUUAAGAAUGGAAAAUGCAAUGCCACUGUAAUUGCAGAGCUAUUAGAAGUAUACGUUUCAACUGAAUUGGGAGAAACUGAUAAAACGCGCAGACGAUUUUAUCCAGAAAUGGAGGCAAUAAGGAAAAUAAUAAGCCAAGCAAAAUCCGAUAUUAGAACUAGUAAAAUUGACCAGGAAAAUACAGAAAUGUUAAUAAAUAGCUGGGAUACUUCCAAGUGUUCUGUUUUUUUUAGACCAUGUACUGAAAAUACAUAUGAUGGUACUGAGCCAAAUGACUUUACAGAUUCAAAACUAAAUCUGCUAUUUGUAUAUCAAAGUGAAGAAAUGAAAAAUUUAUAUGUCUUAUAUGGUUCUAAUCUUGUUCUUCUCGACGCGACCUAUCGAACCUGUAAGUAUGCUCUCCCACUUUAUUUUUUAGUUGUCAAAACAAAUGUGAACUAUCAAAUAGUGAGCAUAAUAAUUACACAAAAUGAAACAGCCAAAGCAUUAGAAGAAGCUCUUAUAAUUAUUAAAAAUUGGUCGCCUCUCGUUAGACCAAAAUAUGGGAUGGUUGAUUUUGCAAUGGAAGAAAUUACAAGUUUGGAAAAUGUCUUUACAGGAAUUAAGGUUUUUAUAUGUAGUUUCCAUCGAGAGCAGGCAUGGUCAAGAUGGGCUUCUAAGAAAAAGAAUGCAGUGGUUCCCAAAGAAGAGCUUUUGUGUAAAUUACGUGCCAUAGCAAAUGCUCCAACUCAAGAUGAAAUGGUUGCAGCAAUAGAGGUAUUAAAAUCAUGGAACCAAUAUGAAGCUGUGAAAGAUUAUUUUGAAUUAACAUGGUUCAAGGAAAUUGAGAGAUGGGCUUUGGCUUACAAACCAAAUGACUUAUUCAUAAACUCGAACAAUGGUGUUGAACGCUUAAAUGAGGAACUAAAAUAUAGAUAUCUUCAGGGAUAUAAAAACUGUAUGCUGUCUGAAAUAAUUAAGAUCUUGGUUGAGAAAUUUCUGCCAGAAAGAUAUAGAAUUUACGUCAGAAAAAAUCUGAGUAUGCUUUCGCAGGCCAGAUUAUACAAUGAACAUGUACCAAAUUAUUUAAUCAAUAAGCCAAAAUGGUUAAUUGAUCACAUAAAAACAAAAUUAAGAGCUGCUGAAGUUUAUGUGGGUAGUAUAAAAAAAAUUUCACAUGGCUUCUUUAAAGUUUCUUCUGAAACUAAGCAUGAUGCAGUUUAUUCUGUCACGUUUGAUGAACAGAAACAACUGUGUCAAUGCACAUGCUUAGAUUUCAGAAGAAACCGACUGCUGUGCAAGCAUAUUGUGUUUGCUGGCAUGAAGUUUCCAGCCUGGAGUUUGGAAUGUACUGCAGAAUGGCUAUUUUCAACACCUAUUUUCAAAGUUGAUGAAGAUUUAGUCUCAAGAAGUAUUUCAGGCACCAGAAAACGAAAAUAUUCAUCAACUGAAACUCCUUCAGGUGGAACAUCAGAUAAUUUACCCACCAUAUCUGAAGAAGCAACGUUGAGUAAAAAAAGAAAUUUGAUCAAUGAGUGCGAUGCAAAUUACAGAUCAAUUCGGUCACUCCUUUGGAAUUUAGAUAGCGAAAAUUUACACAAUGUAGCCAACUCUUUGAAGGAGAUUUUCGAGUCUGCUUCAAAAACAGUUAUGCGAGAUGAAUAUACUGGUCUACCGCUUCAAAUUGAAAAAAAAAUUAAACUAAAAAAAAGUAAAAGAAUUGUCAAGAAGUAUGGUCAACUAAACCUCCAUCGCCGUAGAAAUACCAGAGUUGGAAUAAAGGUGGAUAUACAUAAAGAAACCAUUUCAGUAGAUGGCCAGUAAUUAAAAUUAGUAUGAAACCUAAAGCAGGCUACAAAGAGCCUUUGGCAAAGGUGACACCCCCACCUAUGAGUGGGACCUGCAUGCCAUGGAUACACUAAUACUUAUUUUCAAAUAAAAUAAUAAAUUUCAUACUUUUAGGAUAAUCUUAAAUACUGAAUAUUAUCAUACUUGAAAUACUUUAGUAUGUGCAUUUAUUUUCGGAUUCUUCAGAAUUUAUAGUGAAAAAACUGCUACAACUAUAUACUAUCAAAUACCAGAUUUCAGACAAUUAAAAUUGACGAUAAUUCAAAGUAUAACAUAUAAGUUUUGUACAAUUCAAUAAACAUAAUACAUGUUAUUA